UGGUUCGGGAAGUUGCUGAAGUUGGGUAGUGAGCGGAGGAGCCGCCGCCUGCCCGCUGAGGCCUUCCGCGGCGCUUUUCCUUCCUCCUGCUCUGCUGGUGCAUGAUGGAAGCAGCAUGGCUGCUCAUCUCUCCUUGACACAGAUCUAUUCUGCUCCAAACCAUCUUCUGUUCUUUGAACUUCUUGAAAAGAGAUAAGGAGUUGAUUCUAUGUGCAUAAAUUCACAAAGGAACAAUGGGAUUAAGCUGUCCAGUGCAAAUCCUGUAUAUGAAAAGUACUAUCGACAGGUUGAUCCAGGUAACACAGGAAGAGUUCUGGCCUCUGAUGCUGCUGUGUUUCUGAAAAAAUCAGGGCUGACAGACUUGAUUCUUGGAAAGAUUUGGGAUCUGGCUGAUACAGAUGGCAAAGGUAUUCUCAACAAACAGGAAUUUUUUGUGGCUCUGAGACUUGUGGCCUGUGCACAGAAUGGAUUGGAUGUUUCAUUGAGUAGCCUUAACUCACCUGUUUCUCCACCUAGAUUUAAUGAUUCCACUAGCCCUUUAUCAAUUGGAGGAGCACCAUUGGAUAUCCCAUGGGCUGUCAAGGUGGAAGACAAGGCCAAGUAUGAUGCUAUCUUUUACAGUCUGAACCCAGUGAAUGGACUUUUAUCAGGUGAUAAAGUGAAGCCUGUCUUGUUAAACUCCAAAUUGCCUGUUGACAUCUUAGGAAGGGUUUGGGAGCUAAGCGAUAUUGACCAUGAUGGAAUGUUGGAUCGAGAUGAAUUUGCUGUUGCCAUGUUCUUGGUAUACUGCGCUCUUGAGAAGGAACCUGUGCCAUUAUCCUUACCUCCCACAUUGGUGCCACCUUCAAAAAGAAAAGCUCUCAGUAUUCCUGGUGCAGGACAGUUGAUGCCAUCUUCAACAUCCAGCAAAGAAGCUCAUCAGUCCAUACCAGCAGUAGGGAUGCUGCCAUCCAAAGCACCAUCAACACAGUGGGUUGUAUCACCUACUGACAAAGUAAAAUACCAUGAAAUAUUUCUGAAAACUGAUAAAGACCUAGAUGGUUUUGUGUCUGGUGUGGAGGCUAGAGAAUUGUUCUUGAAGACAGGCCUGCCGUCUGCGUUACUUGCACACAUCUGGGCUCUCUGUGACACAAAAGACUGUGGGAAGCUUUCAGAUGAACAGUUUGCUCUGGCAUUCCAUUUCAUCAAUCAGAAGCUGACAAAGGGCAUUGAUCCUCCUCAGGUGCUUUCUCCAGAAAUGAUCCCUCCAUCAGAGAGGAACACUCUACAUAAGAACACACUAGGACCAAGUGCUGUAGCAGAUUUUUCUGCAAUCAAAGAGCUAGAUACUUUAAGCAAUGAAAUAGUGGACCUUCAAAAGGAAAAGAAUAAUGUGGAACAAGAUCUAAAGGAAAAAGAAGAUGCCAUCAAACAGAGGACAAGUGAGAUCCAGGAUCUUCAGGAUGAAGUAAAAAGAGAGAGCAAUAAUUUGCAGAAGCUCCUGGCUCAGAAAGAGGAAGCAGAAGAAAUCCUUAAUGGUCUUGACGAGGAGAAAGCCAAACUGGAAGAACAGCUUAACACCAUAAGACAGAAAUGUACUGAAGAAGCUGAUUUGAUUGCAUCUCUAAAGGCAGAAAUAACUGAUCAAGAGUCCAAAAUAUCAGCAUACAAAGAUGAGUUAAAUAAAGCUCAGGAAGAGCUUAUCCAUCUUCAACAAGAAACAGCAGAGCUAGAAAAAUGUGUAGAGGCAGGGAAGUUAGAACUGGGACCUCUUCAACAAGAUCUUCAGGAUUCCCAUCAAGAAAUCGCCUCAGUGCAAGAAAAACUGCAUGAGCUCAAAGAAUUAGAAAGCAGCCAAUCUAAUUGGGAGGCUCAGCCACAUAGCAUGCUACUUAAUGGGAAUACAGAUCAUUCUAGCCUCAGCAACAGCAGCAGUGAAACCGCAAACUUGAAUGAGAAUGUUGAAAGAGAGAGAGCAGAUACUGAACAACUAAAUCAUGAAUCUCCUACCAGGAAUAGUCCAGAAACAACAGUAGAAGCAGAAGAAAAAGAGGUCUUGCCACCAGCUGUUACUAAACAAGAAGAUCCAUUUGAUGAAGAAUCUCAUCAGCUGCCUGAACAGACUACAGAAUCCACUAUAGACUUCUUUGAGUCUGACCCCUUUGAUAGCGAUCCUUUCAAAGAUGACCCAUUUGGGAAGAUUGAUCCUUUCGGUGGUGAUCCUUUCAAAGGUUCAGAUCCUUUUGCUGCAGACAACUUUUUCAAGCAGUCAUCCACAGAUCCUUUUGGAAGUAUUGACCCUUUCAGCGCAACCAGCAACAGCAAUAAUUCCACUAUAGAAACAUCAGCACAGAAUGAUCCAUUUGCUCCUGGUGGAACUACUGUGACUGUCCAAAAUGAUCCAGCUUCAGAUCCUUUUGCCUCUCUGUUUGGAAAUGAAUCAUUUGCAAGUGGUUUUGCUGAUUUCAGCACAUUGUCAAAGGCAAACAAUGAGGACCCUUUUAGUUCAUCUACAACAAGCACUUUGAACAGUGCAAUCAUAACUAAAAAUGUAUUUGAGGAGCCUCCAGUAAAAAAUGAAGAUGUUCCUCCUGCAUUACCUCCCAAAACUGGAACACCUACCCGACCUUGUCCUCCUCCACCUGGGAAAAGACCUAUCAACAAAUUGGAGUCUUCAGAUUCCUUAAAACUAAAUGACCCCUUCCAGCCCUUCCCAGGCUGCGAUGGUUCCAAAGAACAGGAAGGUGAUCUCUUUCAUGACCCAUUUGCUCCCACUGGGGUUUGCAAAGAGAAGGACAACAGCAGUUUUGCUAAUUUCAGUGCUUAUCCUACUGAAGAAGACAUGAUUGAAUGGGCAAAGAGAGAAAGCGAGAGAGAAGAAAAAGAACGACUUGCAAGAUUAAAGCAGCAAGAACAAGAAGAUUUGGAAUUAGCUAUUGCACUCAGUAAAUCUGAAAUAUCUGAAGCAUGAAGAGUUUGUUUUGCCUCAACCACUUUAUCCCAUUUCCCUGAAUAGCUAAGCUAUGUGUAAUUAGGUGUUAUAUAUAAACAGGGAAGUACAAAAGGCUUUAAAUUCCUGCAAAUGUGAUUUUGCUAUCUUAUUGGUAAUUUUUAAUAUUCACCCCUUCAUCUGACAACUCCUCAUAGAGCACACUUACAUCUGUAUCUUGGAAUCCUUCUGUACUAGAAACCAAAGCAACUUACUUUAAUGCAAAUAAGUAUGUUACUUUAAAAUCAGAAUAUCAGUGAGGCACAAUAAUCCAUUUAUGAAGGCACAUAAACUCUCAACGUUAAUUCUAUCCCAAAAGUAAGUUCAUUCAGUGUGCAUCAGUGUACUUCUGAGGAUGUUAAAUUUAAAAGUGCAAUGCCUAUCUACAAUAAAAGCAUUUAUAUAUUCCUUUCUCUCUAUACUGAUGGCAAGAUUAGGUAACAAAUUCUUGUUUUGUUUUUAAUGAAAUUUAGGCGCAAGUCUUGAUUGGCUGUGCUCAGAAGGACUACAGGUGUCAAUUCCCAAAACAGAACAGUUUUAACUUUUCAAAGUGGCCUGUUGCUGAACAGCAAAACAUAUUUUCACCUGUAAAUAAAGUUGGUCAUGCUAACAAAUCUACUAUAGUUAGAAAAAUGUAGUUUGCAGAUAUUCAUUGAACAGAAAGUAGAUGAUUCUGCCUUUACUGAAAUAUUUAUGUCUGGUUGCCACAUACCUACUUUUACUGAAUUGAUAGUAAUUGGUGGUUGGACAUAUAAAAUGCUUUUUGUAUGCAUUGUUUUCCUUUAAUUAAGUUUCCACUACUAGACUGGCUAUUUAGUACAACAAAUAGGGUUCCAAACACUGUCCAUUUUGCCUGAAACUUCAAAGUGGCAUUUUGCCAUCAGUUUUUUAAAAUGCAAAUUUAGGAUUUUCCCAGGGAGAUUGCUAAAAUGAGACCGACUAAAAUCUCUUUCAGGAAUGAAGGCCCCCUUGCUAAUUGAAUCAGCUUCUUCGUGAAAUAUGCAACUAAACUGGCACAUUGACAGCUGAAUUUGAAAUAGAAUAGGAGGUUGCUGUGUGAAGGCAUUGUUUACAACAGUUGACCGCUAUGUAUAAUUUAUUGAAUGCCAACUGAUAGUUGCACCUUAAACUAAAGUAUCUUUUAUGGUCACUGAGUCAAAGUAAGGUUAAGAUUGAAUGUUACCAAAUUUAACUUAUUACCUAUUCUGUGUAAUGUGUUCUGUUUCGCAGAAUGUAAAACUAAUUCCAAAUGACCUAUUUCUCUCUGCCCUCAGUACAUGCACAGAUGAGCCAACACAUUAAAAUGUUGAUUUUCCCCCCAAAAAAACCUGUGGUAUUUGUACCUGAAGUAAAGAAUUUUUUACAUCAUUGUUUUUUCUGCAAGGAAAAGCAUAGUCACCAUUUCAGGCUUAAACUUUUCCAGUUACCUGUGGAUGCUGCUUCUGAAUUCUCUUGAAGGUAUUCUUCUUUGAGAUUUGUUCUGAGAAACUUUUUCUUUUUGCACUGGGAAGUGAGAAUUGAAAACACCUGGUCAAAAAUAAUUGAACAAAAAACCUCUUACAUAAUUUAUCUACGCAAACUUUGUAAUGAUAUUAAUCGUGCAUAUUGUAUGUUUAACUGGACUACAUAGGUUUCUUACAUUUUUUUUUGUUAAAAGUAUACUCAGUGGACCAAUACAAUAUUUGUGUAUAUAUAAAUAUAUAAAUAUAUAUUAUAUUCUAGCUUUCCUGUAAAGGGUUUAAAGUUCUGAGUCACUUGAUGUUACGUUUUAAUUACAGACCCUGUACUCGAAGGUGUCUAGGUAAACCACUGCUGUGUCAACUUAAAUGGCAUUACUUUUGAAGUUUUAAAAGCUUUCAGGAACUUGUUCAGGUGGAGUUAGUCUCUGUUUAUAGAUCUUUGUUUAAAAUUCUAAAAAAAUAGCUUGUAAUUAUGAUUAAAACCCUUUAAGUACA